CGGCUGUGCAACAUUUUCAGGAAAAGCCACAAUCCGCUUGGCGCUGCACCUGUAAGCCACAACAACAGCCACAACAACAACCAGAACAACAACAACAACGCCCACAUAAUGACCAUGAGUGUAAUUGGGAAUCGGGCUUCGUCACACAAGCUGCAAUUGUCGCUGCCACUGGCGGUGGUGGUGGUGGUGAUGAUGCUCCUGGUGGUGGUGCCCCUGCAGCCUUGCGAGAGCCGAUACCUGCCGACAAGGUCGCACGGCGACGAAUUGGAUAAAUUGCGUGAGCUGAUGCUGCAGAUUUUGGAGUUGAGCAAUGAGGAUCCACAGCAACAACAACAACAGCAACAACACCAAAUGCGUCUGCACAAUGAGGCCAACAAUCCGCUGACCGCCCAGCGUGUUGGCAACAGCAACUCCAACUCCAACGCCGCCUGGCUCCAGAAAUUGGGCGCAAUGGGCGCACUUGAUACGGAGGCCGGCUAUGGGCGAUACUAAGACAAGGCACACACAAAUACAAACAUUAACUAACACUAAACCAUACGUGACGACCCCCAAAAAUACUAGGAAUGCCAAAUUCCAUUUGAAACGCAACUGCUUUUAAUCUUUAAGCCGCUGUGGCUUCCAUCUUGAACUCUUUUUAAUCUUAAGCAAUGCCAAAUUUCAUUUGCAAUGCAACUGCUUUUAACUCUUUUUAAGUUUAAUCAAUUUAAAAAGAGUUCUUUUAUAAAAACAAACUAAAAAUUCAGGUUUCGAUCUUAAAGUCCUAUUGGAGUCCUAUUUCCAGUUCCGGUUCGGAAAGUCAAACGGUUAAUUUCGGUUAACGGGUCAGGUUCGAACCAAUUUUCAAAUGAGCAGUGCCUAAGUUUAUAGGAACAAACGCUGAUUAAUGUAAACAUUUUUACUCACAAGCGAAUUAAAUGCAAAAACAAACAAGCUGAACCCAUUUAAGCAUUUUUAAGUAAAACAAACCCGAUUUUCUAGUCAAUAUUUGUGCCUGCAAAGAGCUGCGUUUCAAAUGAGUUUUACAUGCCGGAACAAACAAACAAAAACUCAACGGUUUUAAUGAGCAAGCAACCUGAACUCAAAAGGACUUAACAGUUCCUAUAUUAGAACAAUAAUUUUUAAACUUUUACGAUUAAUCAAAAAAUAAAAAGAAAGUA